AUGUCACUACCGAAAAGAUGGAGCACGCUCACCUUCUACCUCGUCGCUAUUCUCACUGUUAGCAACACAGCCUCGCCGCAGGACAGCCGGGCAUGCUACUUUCGAGACGGGGGUCCAGCACAAGACUACGUACAAUGCCCAGGAGCCAACGGAACCAAGACGGCGGCAUGUUGUUACUCUGCUGGAUGGCCACACAUCGACCCCUGCUUCUCAAACGGCUUCUGCUUCAGUACUGAGGUUGGCGUGGUAUACCGAGGGGCCUGUACCGACCAAGAUUGGGGCAGUACGCAGUGUGUCCAGAACUGCCAGAAUGUCAACAGAGGGGGGACAGCAAUGCUGUCUUUCUGUCAAGACUUGAACCUAUGCUGCACGGCGGUGGACGAUUCGGAAAACAGAGAUUGCUGCUCCAAUGGCAAGCUAGGGGACAACAAGCUCAACUGGAACGAUCCAACUCUGACGGGUCACGUCAAUGCCUCGAUGCUGUAUGAUGUCUACGAUUCCAGACAGGCAAUCGCAGGCGCUGUGACGGAAUCGACAUCAAACGGCACCGUCCCAACCGACCGCGAAGAUAGCAACACCGUCUCUGAAGGCGCAAUCAUCGGCGUCGGCGUUGGUCUCGGUGUCCCACUCCUCAUCGCCCUCGCAACAUGCAUCUGGCUCUUCCUAUCCCUUCGAAAAGAACGGGCAAAAGACCGCGACAGUCAAGAAGCACAUUCCUACAUCGAGACCAAGCACGCCCACAGAGGAAACGACACAUCGCCAGGUCCAUCGCAAAACGAAUCCGCUUCUCGCGUUGCAAGCCAUGAUCCAACCAUCGCCACGCAGGUCGCCCCGGGAAACCUUCACCCUUCAAUGAACGGGUACGCGCCGGAAACGAAGAAUUCGAAUACAUGUGGCCGCCGCCGCCGGCGGCUAUGCAACAGGCCCCUGUUGCUGAGUUAUCUGACGAGCGAACCCCAGUCGAAGUACAAUCUUAGAUGGUGGCGAAGCUUCGAUAUGCUGUCCCAUUUCGAUACAUAUGGGAAGAGUUGGGAGAGUGCGGGUGUGCGACCUGCUUGA